GCCCCCCGGCAGGCGCGCGUGCUGCCCGCAGCCUCCGCGAGCCCGCGGCAGCGGCAGCGCCCGGCGGGAGCGCGGGCCGGGACGGACACAGGCACCGACACCGACACCGGGAGGGAGACAGGAGCACAGGAGGAGAAGGAGACGGAAUAGGAGUCGGCGUCCCCCUGCCGAGGGAGAAGCCCCGCGCCAUGAGCCCCGACGAGAAGCCGCAGCCCGGUCACUCCCGCGGUGACCGGCCGCCGCCACCUCAGCCCGCGACCGGGCGAUCCCGGCGGCGGGGCGGGCUCCUGGCGGAGAUCCGCACGCCCAUCCGCACGGAGCCCUUCCAGGAGCGGUACAGCCUCAGCCCCGGCCGGGAGCUCGGCAGGGGAAAAUUUGCAGUGGUGAAGAAAUGUAUCCAGAAAGACACUGAAAAAGAGUUUGCAGCAAAAUUCAUGAGAAAAAGAAGAAAGGGCCAAGACUGUCGGAUGGAAAUAGUCCACGAAAUUGCAGUCCUUGAGCUGGCACAAUGCAACCUUUGGGUCAUUAACUUGCAUGAAGUUUAUGAAACUGCGACAGAGAUGAUUUUAGUCCUGGAAUAUGCUGCUGGAGGUGAAAUCUUUGACCAAUGUGUGGCUGAAAGAGAGGAGGCCUUCAAAGAAAAAGAUGUUAAGCGACUUAUGAAGCAGAUAUUAGAAGGAGUUGCAUUCUUGCACAGAAACAAUGUUGUUCAUCUUGACUUAAAGCCCCAAAAUAUUCUGCUAACCAGUAAGUCUCCUCUGGGAGACAUUAAGAUAGUAGAUUUUGGCCUUUCCAGAAUAAUGAAGAGCAGUGAGGAACUAAGAGAGAUCAUGGGAACUCCAGAAUAUGUAGCUCCUGAAAUUCUGAGUUAUGACCCAAUCAGUACAGCAACUGAUAUGUGGAGCAUUGGAGUACUGGCAUAUGUUAUGCUAACAGGGAUAUCACCUUUCUUGGGGGAUGAUAAACAAGAAACAUUCUUAAAUAUAUCUCAAAUGAACGUCAGUUACUCUGGAGAGGACUUUGACCUUGUAUCAGAGUCUGCUGUGGAUUUCAUCAAAACUCUGCUGGUUAAGAAACCCGAGGACCGGGCAACUGCUGAGGAAUGUCUUCAACAUCCAUGGUUGGAACAAAGUGAUAAUCCUGCUUGCAGGGCCUGGAGUAAGAGUACAGAAGGGGAGACCAGUGAUGCCAUACAGAAAGAUGCAGAUUCUGCUUCUGAACAAUCAGUAGAUGCUGAGAAGACUGGAGAGGAAGAAUCAAUAGUGACAGAAGAACUAAUUGUAGUGGCUUCAUACACACUGGGACAAUGUAGGCAGUCAGAAAAAGAAAAAGUAACUGAGCAGAAAGCUAUUUCUAAACGAUUUAAAUUUGAGGAACCAUUACUGCAGGAAAUACCAGGAGAAUUCAUUUACUGAACUGUAUGGAGCUUCAUAGCUAUAACUGGAAGGCAGUUUUUUCUACUAAACAAAAGUAUUCUAGCCAAGUGAAUUUCUGAUAUGCAAUAAAUGUUCUAGAUAAAGGAAAGUGUUUAUAAAUGGCAUACAAAAAAAAUGUGCCAAGUUCUUAUUUUCAUGGAAGAGUUGAGAUUUCAAGUGUCUGACAUGAAUUUAACAAAGAGGAUAAGCUUAUUUUUGUUUUUAAUUUUUAUUUCUGUUUUUUUGUUGUUGUUAUUGAUUGGUAACAGAUUUUUUGCUAAUUGUUCUGGUGUUCUUGAGAAGUUGACACUGGAAGUGUUUUGGUGACAGAUGUCAAUAGGAGUAUUUUAGGAUACAUUUUGGUAUUUAAUGCAAAUAUAUAAUGCUGAGUUUUCCUCAAACACCUCCUGACUUCAGUGGAACUAUGUGCUCAUCUAAAACUUGUAUGAAAGGAGAAUUUGAUCACCUGGUUUGACGUACAGAUUUCAAAAUCACCCUAUGUGUAUUCCUUUGUUUACAUCAGGUCAAAGACCCAAACUCCUCUGGAGUGUAGCUGAACAGUGAGCUGAGCUUCUCUAGACAGAGAUGCACAUGCCCCACUGGGAAAGAAAUCUGUACUGGAGAUAUUUAUGAUUUGGGAGCACAGUAAAAUCCUGCUCCUGAGGGUGAUGUAUUUGCUUAUUUCAGUCACUUGUGAGCCAGUAGAGAUUGUUUCCUUCCACUCCCGUGUUGGGUGAGAUGUGCCAAUAGAAUCCAGCUCAGUGUGGCCGCACAGUGCUGAUGAGAGGAAAAAAGAAUAAUGUUCUGAUGUUGCUCCUCUGAAGUUACUGAAGUUCUCUCCACUGACUUUACCAUGUUAGGUUAGACAGUUUGUCCAGCUAAUCAGCUCUUGAUUCCACUUCCCCCAGGACCAGCUGGGGUUUUACUGGGAUCAUGAGGUCAUUUCUACCUUCUUUCUGUUCCUCUAACUGCUGCUUUAAGGAGAAAAGGAGCAUCCUUAGGCUAAAUUACAAUUGUUCGAUAUAGCUGUCAGAUGAGGAAGAAGAUACUGCUUCUUCUGAAAUAGUGAAGCACAGCUCAUGCCUCCUGCUUCUUGAUCACUCUCCCUUAGACACUUGGAAAUACAGCAUGUUAUGUGGCCUGGCAGAGUGGGAUUAGGGAGCAGUAUGGAUGGGUCAUAGUUCUCAGUGGACGCAGUCCCUCAGAGGACAAAGCUGGCACCAAAACUGAGUGGUUUUUGCAAUGUACAGAUCUGAGGAUCUUGGCCUGAGUCCCAGUUUUCUAAGAAAUCUUUCAUGUUGAUGCUGUUCCAAAGUUUAAUUUUUAUGUAAUGGAAGUUUAGUACUAUUAUAUUGCAUACUGUUAACUAUUCAACUAUUUAUUUGGUUUCCUUAUGCUGUUCCUUUAUAAUAAACUCUGACAAAAGUUUUCUUGCUAUAAAACAGUGAAUAGAACAUUUUGAGCUAGUUUUUCCCUUUUUUUCCAUGCUAGUACACACUUUUAUAAUUUCAAAUGUAUCAAAUGUUCUACUCCGUUUAGUGAGGAGGAGUGCAGGGCUUUGUGCUAAUGUUACAGUUCCUCCUUCACACAAAAGUUAAAUGGCUUAAUAAGAGCAGCAGUACUGGGGUGAUCUGAUCAGCAUGGCUGGAAAAGUGGGGGAAAAGCACUAGUACAGAAGAAAGCUGAACCACAAGCAGUGGGACAAUGGGUAGUUUUUCCAUAAGGCUUCAUUGCCUGAGGUUGGGCUACCUUUACUUCAAGCCACAUCAGGGAAGUUGCACCUAAAUUAAACUAUUCUCAAGCGUCUUCCCCAGGUGUUCAUAUAAAACAGCCAGUGGUGCUCAGAACUGAGUUUGGAUGUGUUAUAUAUUGUAAUGCAGAGAUGCCUUUCAUGCUCUGGAGAAAGGAGUCGGUUGCUGGACAGCUCUGGCUGGCUCUCUCAGCAGGAGAAUCUUUGAGCCAGCAGCGUGUGUGUUAGCUGGGUGCUUCUGGACACAGAGAGGAGCUGACCCUACCUACAAUAUGAUCUGUUUCAGCCUUUGUUAGGCAGGACAGUGCCAUCAUGGCCAUCUUUCAUUUACUCUCCAGCCAUUUGCCCAACACAAUUUGCUUGGGUGAGGGGACGCUGAUUCAUAGAAUUCUUCUGUAGAAGAUUGCAACUUCUCCUAUCUUCCAUCGUUGCCAUUUUGACGUUUUUUCCCUCAUGUCCAUACUUCCACAUGUUAGUAAGUUGAGUAGAGCAGUGAGGUUGAAGCAUGUUCACAUCCUACCCUUAUAGAACAAUGUUGCCAGUGUUUAACAACACCUGGUUGCCCACAGCAAACUAUUUGAGGGAUAUAUAUAUCACAUUUCACUUCCUCUUUGUAACCACAGAUCAUGUCUCAGAUUGAGACUGGUACUAAUGGAAAAGAGUAGGUGCUGAGCAGUAUACAUUUUGUCCUAUAUAUGCUGUUUUUAAUGUAUGACAGUGAAGCUUAACAUGUAUACAUGAAAUACAUACUUAUUUCAAGGCCAGCUUUUCUUGAAUUGGCUGCUUUGAGAUUUCCAGUGGGCUGCAUUUCUAUUUAACUCUCUGUGCCUUAAGGUGUUUUUAUACACUGUUUUUUAACAUCAUUAAGAAUUUGUAUAGAGUUGUGAAGGUUUACUAGUGUAAGUUAUAAACAAGGCAUCUUAGAUUCACCCUAUAACAGGGAAAAUUUUCUGUAAUGUUUAACUGCAGGACUAUCAGCCAGACCCACACCCUUGAGGCUCUUUCUGUUCCACUGUGAGUGUGGGUAAAGCUGCAAGUGAGGUGUUCCUACCCUGAGCUGUAGGAAGGGGCUGUUCAGCCAGUGUUGUUGAGGAGCUCAGUUAUGGGUGAAGUGACACAUCAGUAAAACCAGGAGCAAAGCAAGAGCUGUGAGGAACAGCUGGUUUUCCAUGAAUAUGGGGGACUGUGUGUAUGUACUCAGGUCAUUUGGGAAAAGCUCCUGUGAUGGUGGGGAAGGGGCUGCUUGUGGGGAAAGAAUCAGCUCCUUGGACUUUGUGGGCAAUGCUCUCCCAGUCCCCACUCUCCAGACUGAGCACAUGCUGGCUGCCUUUGUAGCACAGAGAGGAUGGCUGCUGUUUGCUCAGAUGCAGGAUGCUGAAGGAAUGGAAGGGCAGAUGUUCCUAUAGAGUUAUCUGUGGCUCAUGGAAGACCCAUGAGCUCUAUCAGUAGCAGGGGUAAGUCCAGGCCUAGGCCUUCUUUCAGUGGUUGGAAUAAAUAGCAAAGUCCUAAUGAAAAGCACAGCCUUGUCUCCUCUUGUUGCUAUAUUCACCUCUUUAAGGGAGAGGCUUACAGAUUUUAUAGUUGCUAAAUUAAAUGUUCUACAAAACAAUAUUUUUCUUUUUGUCCAAAGUGGAAUUUGCAUUGUGAUUUGUCUCAUGUGUCACAUUUUUGUGUGCAGGUCUCUAAAUACAAAAGGUGAAUUCCAGUUUGUGAUCUACCCCCUGAAUCCCCCUUGAGAGCUGUUAGGUCACAAAUGCAAGUAAAAGUUCUGCCCAUUCUCCACUGGUGGUGCUCACAAGGCAUGGGGAGGGAGAUGGGCCUUGCAUCACGUUACUUUGUGGCUUAAGAUCUCUCUUGAAUAUUUCAGGUGUUGUUCCUUGAAGACAGUUCAACAUUUUAAAGAAAUAGUGCCAGUUCAUUGUUCUUCUGAUAAGGUGUUUACUGUUUCAGGAAUUUUACAAUAAAUAAAAUUUUGUUUUCCAAAGAGCUGAUGGAUCUUUUGUGCUUUGGGAAACACCCAUUAGCAGGAUUACU